UGACGCGACACAUGACUUGCUUAUGCUGAUGAUAUUUCUAAUUGUGUGCCAGGUAGGGAUUCCACGUGGCAAUUUUUUUUUUUUUUUUUAAAGACAGCAUCCAUGGAGAAGAGGAAGCUGAACUCAAGCACUCGCUUCAGCUGUUGGACUCCGUUGAGUAACCAUACGGAGAACAUGCAGUUAUUUGAAGAGCGGAUCAACCUAGUGGUGCACUGGUUUGAACUAUGGACUGACCGACAAAGGAAGCACAUGCUGCAUUCUGUGCUCACACGAUGCACCAAGCCUCAGCUCAGGUACUGCAGAGAUCUGCUGACCGAAACGCUUCCAACGACUCGAGUGGACUUCACAGCGGUGUUGCCCCGCUUCCUGUCACUUUACAUCAUGUCCUUCCUGUCUCCUUUGGACCUCUGCUCCGCCGCCCAAGUCAGCUGGCAUUGGAGAAUUCUGUCUGAACAGGACUGCCUCUGGGCGGGGCGCUGCGUACGACAAGGUUGGUUUCUUCCCUACGUCCCUGGAGAAAAGGAAUAUGGCGCUUGGAAGAACUACUUCAUCUCCUGCAUCAGCACACUGGACAGGCUGACUCCUCUUGAGGCAGCACAACCGUACUGGACACUCAGCCAACAUUAUGAUAGCGAGGAAGAAGAAGAAGAAGAGGAGAGACUGAAAGAGAGAAUAAUCAGGAAGUUGACCAGAGCAAAGAUUGACGAGGAGAAGAGACUAGCACUGAGAACCAGAAAAGCCUGGAGCAGCAGCACAAAAUUGGGAGAAUCCGGAAGCGGUGGCAUCCAGAGCCAAGCAACCAACCUUGGGACACUUUUCAAGAUUCCAGGUCCUCCUGACUUGAGUCUGAGCACAAGCCUGAGCUCGGAGAGGAACGUGGGGCUCAGUUCCAGCAAGUCAAAAAUUGAAGCGAGUGGGCCACUGUCCAAAUACGUCUCCAGACCUGCACCACUCCAAGCCUCCAACAUCUCCCGCCAUCCUGCAGACAACCUGCUGUUGCUCUCCAAUAAAAUCCCCGCUUACGAGCUGGUCCUGAGCGGCGCCAAAGCGGACGUGCUCGUUGUCCUCUAUGACCAUCGAGGGACCUUCUCGGCAUUAUUGUCCCAGUUGGAGGGGGCUGUUUCCGGGCGCUCGUUCAAAAGGCUCGGCCUGUUAGCACCCGGAGGAACAGAACAAGUCCAACUCUUUCACGAUAGAUGUUUAUCAGACAGAAGCAUACUCACCCCGGCCCAUCGAUAUUUCUGGGAAAAAUUGUCCACCCUGGUGGUCCCUGCUGAGCAAGGCGUUGGGAUUGACAUUUUCUCACCAUGCGCAGCAUCAACCUCAGGUGUGGCGCUCAUGCAGAAGCUGGCCGCUCUCACGGGUCUGAAGGUUUCGGCACCGAUGGGUCUCGCCACUGGAAGUUUUCAAAAUAUCCUUAGCGAUUGGUCUGAUGGCAGUAUCGGUGCCGUCGGGUUCUCCGACCCGCAACCGGGAGGCCCGGCGCUGCGUUACAUCACUGAGCCGGUCCUGCUGGGCUGGUGCAGGCAGGCCCAAUGGAUGGAGGAAGCUCUGGUGGAGAUGAGAAACUCUCUGGAGUUCCGACUUCAGCCGGUUGGCCUUCAAGCCCGAGGCAGAGCUCUGGGUCAUUCUCUAUGGGAAAGCGUCCAUCUUGAGGAUCUGUGUUUGUCCGAAGAUCUGACUGCGGCGCUCACUGAGGGACUCACUGUUCUCGGCAAACAGGCGGAGACCAGACCAUUUGAGUUUCUCGCUGCCUUCCUGACGAAAUGGAGUGAUGAGGAUGAGACGAGAGAAGAAAACCAAUUGUCCAAUGUCUCUGUGAUGUCGGGACUUCCUGAGACGCAGCUGGACUGGAGAGGCGUCAUUGUCCGAGAGCUGCAACACAGCGAGGUUCUCUACAUCAGCAGACUGAGCGCUAUUGUGAAGGCAUACCAAGAACCUCUCACGGCAGCCCUCAACUCCAAAAGGGCCAUUCUCAGCCUUCCCGAAAUGCUUAUCGUCCUGAGCCCCGUUGCCGAAAUCCUGGACCUCAACAGGGAGUUCAAGGCAGAUCUGGAUGUCAGACUGCAGCAGUGGGGAGCCGAGCAAUGUGUCGGCGACGUGUGCUUGAAACUGUGCGCACGGCUCAGAGUGUACACCAACUAUCUCAACAACUACAUAACUGCUCUCGGUACCAUCGACAAGUGCCGGGAUACAAAGCCAGCAUUUCGCGCUUUUCUCCAGAGAACCGACAGAACUCUCACGACCCACAUGCUGAGUUUACAGGAGCUGCUGCUGUGUCCGGUGUGGAGAAUCCACGAGUACACAACGCUGCUGCAAGCGCUGACUUUACACACACAUGCUAGUCAUCCUGAUCACACACAAGUCUCCUCUGCCCUCGACACCUUGCGACGAUACACGCAGUUCAUCCAAAAGCUAAAGCGUAACUGUGAAAGAGACCGGCUGUUAGAGGAAACCCAACAAAUGAUCCAAGGCUGUCCGAGUCUCAGGGCGGCAAACCGGCAGCUGAUAACCAAUCAGGAUGCUGCGUUGCUACACAGCCCCCAUGACCACAUACCCGAGUCGAUCAGGCUCUACGAGCACGUGGCGGACAUCAGCCUCUUCCUGUUCACUGAUGUUCUGAUGUUGACCCGGAGGCAAAAGCAACAUACACCUUUCACACUAGAGCACAAGAGCACGCACAUAUUUCUGGCCUCCGUGGCGCUCGCCAGUCUGACUGUGAGGAAGAUGACACACUUGCGCUACGUGAAGCACGCCUUCAUGUUGGAGGCUCCGUCUCGCUCGUGGAUUUGCGCCACAGAGCGAAGCCAGGAGAUGGAUCACUUCCUGUGUGUGCUGAGCACCGCCUUGCAGACAUCUCUGAGGUCCACGUGAUCGGAGCUGCAGCCACACGAGGACAGAAGGAGGUUUGGGUUGGACUUGAAUUGUCAGGAAAUCGCACGUAAAAAUGUUUAGCAUGCAUCAUGAUUACUCUUUAAUUGCAUAACAUUACAGUGAAGGUUUCAUUUCCAGCCGCUAUAUUGUUUUUCCACAUUUGGUAUGUUACAGCAAAAAAAAUGAAUAUUUUUUCUCUAAAUUCUAUACACAGCAACUCAUAAUGACAAAUGUAUUAGAAAUUGUAUUACAAAUUAAAAUGAAGUAAACUUUGCUGAAUGUUUUCCAUUUUAGAAUAAUGCUGUAACAAAAUGUGAGCUCAUGAGAGUGCAGCUGUAUUUUAUUCUUUAUCAUUUCUGAUGCAGAAUUUGUGAUCAAGAUCAAUUUCAGACGUAAAUGUUGCGGUAUAAAAGAUCUUUAUUGAACCAAGAGGGGGAGGAGAAAAAAAAAACAUCUUUAGAAGUGUGACGCGGUUACAUUUCAUCAUUGGUUUAUCACAUUUAGUACAACAUUAUUAUGGCCACUUCCCAUUUAAAAAAAA